AUAACUUUGCGUACAGUUGUGUGCAAUACAUGUGACUAUAGUUUAGUAACUAUUUGUUAGAAACGCAAUACUAUUAAACAUAACAAACAAACAAACAAUUGAUUGAUUGAUUGAAUUCAAAAGUUUUUCAAUUAUUUUAGUGAUUAUUAUUGUCUGUCAUUUGAAUAUCAUUGUUGACAACCAAAUGGCCGUAAGAUUUGACCGCAAUAUGACUGCAGUCGAGUCCAUUGUCGGCACUCAUAUGUCAUCAAAAGGCAUGCAAUUGAUGACAUCGACGGGCAUACCAUCACUGGAUCAUCUGUUUGGUGGCGGACUUGCCAUCAAUUCAAUCACAUUAUUAGAAGACGACCAAAUGAGUCAAUUCGGACCACUAUUUGCCAAAUGCUUUGUCGCGCAAUCCGUUGAUUGUAAUCACAAGACAAUCAUUUGCUCGCAAACCAUAACAUCAAUUAAAUCAAGAUUUUUAAGAGAAUUACCAAUCAAUUCAUCUGAACCACAAAAGCUGAUUACAUCGGAUAAUGACCUUAAGAUUGCGUGGAGAUAUAAAUCACAAUCACUUGCAACUAAUACUUCCAUAAGAGAUGUACAGAACUUUGAUUUCAGUUCACAUAUUAGUGAUGACAGACUUUCUUCAGCUGACAUUACAUUUUGUUCGCACGACUCACUACUUGAUGUGAUCCGUGCAUUAAAUGGUCAAAAAGAUAGCAAAACUGUGACCAGAAUUUUAAUCGAUGGUUUAGCCUCACCAUUGAGUCCAUUAGAUGUCGAAAAUUUACCAAAAUUUAUAUAUCAAUUAAAGUGUUUAGUGAGACAAUUAGCAAAUAUUGUUUGUUUGAUUACUUUUAAUCCACAUUUAGUUGUUGUGUCUAAUCAUUCAUACAUUAGAAAUCGUGUCCAUAAUUUAACCGAUUGUGUCAUUCAAUUGGUUGCUUUCGAUGAGUGGACACAAACACCAUAUACUGAAUUUGAUGGACUAUUUAAUAUCAUUAAACUUUCAAAACUUAAUUCAUUUAACUAUUAUAUGACUCCCGAAACACUAGAUUUGGGUUUUCAACUCAAGAAUCACAAGAGAUAUCUAGUUGUAGAUAAACUAUCACUUCCUCCAGACCUGAGUGAAACUGCCAGUCGGACAACUGGUUGUUCUACCGGUGCCACUAGUAAUUCAAAACUCGAUUUUUAA